AUGACGUAUGAAAUACCAGAAGAAGCAGUGUUGAAGUUUGAGACCACGGCAUUAUGUUGUUUUAUUCAGUGUGGCGUUGAAACGACUAAAAUGGUAAUGUUGAUUCUUACAGUAGUUUUAAAAAAGAAUUAAUUUUGUUAUUAAAAUGCCGUUUUCAACGUUUUUGGGGUUUUUAAGCUAAAAUGACACGGUUAAACCUUUGUUACCUAAAUAUUUUAGGAAAUGUCUUGGAAGCCAGCUACGUUGAGACUCUACGACUAUGACCAGAUUAUGUUGGUGGAUUUAGUCUAUCAGAAGGUUCGUAUCACUCACUUUUUGUUUGAACAUGACAGAAUUAGUGUCAGUCGGAAAGUUCACCGACUGAUCUACUUCGCGCGCAACAUGCAGGAUUAUGGUUUGGUAGCUGUUGGAUUGCGGUUUGAGGAUGAACAUACUUUCUUAAAAGUUGUUGGAUUCUACAAAAGGGUGAGUUUUUGGAUUUAUGAACCUUGAUUUUUUUAAAGACUAUAUUAUUAGGUAUAUCCUUGUAUACAAUAACAUUUUUUGACGAUGGAUAUAGUAAAGGCUAUAAAUUAAGAGUUUGCUUGUCUUUUGUUCACUAUUUUUAAAAUGUCAGUUUUGUUUAUCUUUGUUCGUUCAAACUGCUUUUUUUGUCUUAUUCCUUUUCUAUAUCUGAUUUUUCGAAUAUUUUAGGCGUUGCAAGUGGCCGGACGUCUGAAUCUUAACUUUGGAUACAUUUGUCUGUGUGACGACAAGAUUGAACUGCCGGAGAUAUUGCAAGACCUUGUGCAGGCGGGUCCGGCCAGCAUUUUCACGACCGCGAUGAAUGAAUUGAAGGCCAAAAAAGCGGCCAAAGAAAGGUCAACGUCGUCUUCUUCUAAUCAAAUCUAG